AUGACCUCCCCAACAGAGAAAAUCGUGCUGAAAAGCACCUCAGUUUCCCUCAACGAUCGGUGAGACUACCAUAAGCCAGUGGUGAUGAGUUUAGAGGCCACCUCCUGUACUCCAUAUCUUGCUAAUUGCAAACCCUGUUAUGACUAAGUGUCUUUUGUCUUAUCAGUCAUUCUUCCCCGUUGAUACAAAAUCAUGAGUCAAAGGCCAAACCUGUCUGUUUGCUAGACAUCUAGCUACAGCUGGUUAAUUGGGGACUUCACCCCAUGUACACAAGUGCAUUGUAUAGGCAGUAAGUGGCUGGGCAGGGGAAUGCAACUACAUGGUACAGUAGUAUGCUAAGUAUGUUCUAUCCUCCUUUAUCCCUCAAACCCUGCUCCUCCAAGCUUCACGACUAUGCUGAAGAACAAGCAGCCGGAGCCAGUGGAUGUACAAGCCAACAUGCAGCAGCAGCAAGUGGCCAGUGUCCGCAACAGGAGACUGGCUCUGCAGAUGGAGAACAGGACCUCUGUGCAGGCCGCCCUGCAGCCCAAGGUGAGGGAACUAACCAUCCACUUUUCAACUUGUCUAGGUUAGUCUGUUAGAUUAAGUGUCAGUGUCACUAAUCCAAGGCUGCAUUCAGUUCGAUGCAACGUUCUGUGACGGUUUGUACUGAAGGGCACGUUUCCCCAAAAUGGUGCGCACUGUUCUUCAACAGCCUUUGAGGUAUGUUUGGUGGGUGUGGCCUGAUCAAUAUGGGUGUGACCAUUUUGAAAUUUCAAAACUUGUGCAGCACACACUAUACCAUCUUUGUUCAUACACAAUCUCCCUCUGCCCCACCAUAAUCAUACCGUUCUUCAACUGGUCGUUCAGAAUUGUUUCCGUUGAAUUAAAGUUGAACACUGUUCUGUCGUACUGAACGCACCACAGAUCAGAACUACCCCAGUAUCACUAUUUUUUUUCCUUUUUAAGAAGAGACCAGAGAAAUGAAAACGUGGACUAGAUUAGAAGCAUUGAAGUUUAAUUUGAAUUUUGAAACCAAGGGCGCCACCUCCUGGGCAUGUCAUGUCUUUACUUUCAGUUCAUCGAUUACAUUUUAAUGGAAUGCACCCUAACUCUGUUGGUACGUUCCGAUGUCCCACAGAGCCUGAAGCAGCGCCUGGGGAAGGGCAACGUCCUGACAAGGCUAGGUCGGCCCAUGGGGACCCUGAUGCGGGGGGCCACCAGAAGCCGAGGGUUUGCUGUAAGGGGACUGCGAGGGAUGAACCGAGGAGCAUUCAGAGUGCGUGGAAACAACAGAUGGGGCUUUUUGAGAGGUGGCUAUGCUUUGAGAGGUGGCUAUGCUUUCAGAGGUGGGUGUCCUUUUUGUUUAUCUCUGUAUUUGGUGUACUGUGUUGUUCAACUGUAAUACAGUUGGAGCCAGUUUAACUUUAUAUAUCCCUCUCUCGUUCAGGUGUGAAUCAGAUGCGUGCCCGGGGAGGGGUGACUAAGCUUAGGUUUCGUCAGGGCCUGAGGCUGCAAGGUGGCCAGCUGAACAAUGCUGGAGUGCUGGUGAGCCGCGGAGCCAGGAAUGGACUGGGCCUGAGAGGAAGAGGUGCGAGAACUCUUGCACUCUCUUAACUGUGCAUACUCUGCCCUCCCUUCUCCCACUGCCCUCCCUCAUGUCUUGUCGUCCCUACCCAGGCAGAGGAGCGGGUCUGGGCCUGCGGGGCCGGGGAGGGUUCCGGUGCCGAGGCAUGGGCAAACCUGAAAAAAUCCCCACCAAAGAGGAGCUGGACAACCAACUAGACAACUACAUGUCAAUGACCAAGAGCCACCUAGACGCAGAGCUGGAUUCCUACAUGGCCAUGGCAGGCUCCGACUACAUGGAGUAG